AUGGUAGUGGGGAAAACAACGAAACGGACACUGUACCGUGAGUGGAGGCAGGGAGACGGGUGGACAGAGGCAGCAGACGACGGCAGGCAGACAGAAGUCCCGUUCCCGGCAUGGAAGCGGCAGGGUGCGCGGAGCCUGGCCGCGAGCGCAGCGGCCACGGGGAGACGAGCGGCAGCGAGUCCGCAGGAGAGGAGCCGCGGUGGAGACACAGCGACCAUGGCGCGCAGCCCCAAACAUGUGAUGUUGAAGAGGAGCCGCAACCAUGCAGGACGAACAAUGUGCGAGGCGCAGCAGCUGAAGCUGAGGUCAGCGCAGCACCUGCGAACAGGAAAACAGGGUUGCAGAGCGCGCAGGAGCCUGGGGAUGAACCACGGCCUGAGGAAUGACGUGCACUGCGAGGAUGAGGCGGCCCAGCCCUGGAAGAGCAGCACCUGUUUGGGACGGAGCAUCUACGAAACCUUCGAUGAGGGUCAUCACGUGUGCCGGGUGGCCAGUGUGACGGCCAGACGCCUGCCCGGCUUUGAGAUGGACGGAGCCCCGCGUAGGAAGGGCAUGCCCCGCGCGGGAAUGACAGGGCCUAUUGCUACGAGAAUAAUUCGCAAGGCGCGGGCGUGCAGCAAGAGCGCCCUGCAACAUAAGGGAGAGAUUAAACAAGAACCGACCGAAUCUCCUUCUGGACAGGAGAGAGCUAUCUUGAUGCAAUUAGGAACUCAGAACGACGGCAAAGAGCGGCCACGGAGCAGAAUAAACUCCCCCACGGCCCCCUCGGUCUUCCCGGUCAGACCCUGCACUUCUGAAUCUGGAGACACGGUGACGCUGACGUGCCUGGCCACCGGCUUCCGUCCCGCCGCUGUGUCUUUCUCCUGGACGCAGAACGGCGGCGCGCUCAGUGACUCGCUGCAGUAUCCGGCUGUGCUGAAGAACAAGCUGUACUCCGGGGUCAGUCAGGUCCGGGUCCGGCGCCAGGACUGGGACCUGCGCCACUCCUUCAAGUGCAGAGUGGAGCACGAGGGCGGGCUCCAAGGAAGUGGACUUUAUCAAAGCAGAUGA